CGGUGAAAAUUCAUCACUGACGCGAUUAAACGUAUGUACACGACUGAUGGCAUAUACUAAUUUUCCUACUUUUCUAAUACGUAUGGUACCGUUAAUGUCGAAUGAUGAGCAGUUGUUUUCAUAAACAGUUGUUUUCAUUACAAUACAAGGAAGCAAUUGUUCGACAUGUUCGUGUGUUCCAAAUAAAGAAGGUUUUUACGGACGGGUUAUUGUAACCUCCAUGUUAUGAUGUUGUGGACUUGACUACAGUACCUACAUCUAUCUACAGUACAGUGUACUCGUUCUGAACGUGGGUCGUGCAUGAUGGUCUACUCUCAUCAUCAGUCUCAUCAGUGACAGUAGUCGGAUGUCUCUGGACACGGCAAGGCUUGCUUGGAUGGUCCAUGAAUGAUCAUUGGUAACGACCAGUUCUAAUCUCAGCUAGCUUCAAACCGUACAGAAAGGAACUGUGCUACUACUUCUUUGUACAACUACAUUUAAAUGAUACUGUGACCUGGUGACAGGAACUCCCUGUGAAUCCUGAUGAUUUCUUUGUUAAUUGGGUCGUCACUGCUGAGCUGAGUAUCCGCAUACACGUUCUAUUCUACACUACAAUACAAUCUACAUGAACCCCUUCCCUUGUACUACUGAUCUCUCUCUGGACCAGAUUUAACCAACCAUUGACUGACCAUUCGUCUUGUGAAAUGGCAUCAACUGUGAGUGCCAUGGAGGAAUUUGAACAUCAGUUUGCUUCCAUCUCAGCUGAAAUAACUACUAAAAUCAACAAAAUACCACAGUUGAGUGGAAAUGAGAAAAAACAGCAGAGUUGUUCAGCAGAAAGGCAGAUUGAUGAGGCAAGGGAACUGUUAGAGCAGAUGGACCUCGAGAUUCGAAGCAUUCCAUCGACAGAUCGUCAGAGAUACAGUACACGAUUGCGAAGCUAUGAGACUGAACUCACCAGACUAGAGAAAGAUCUGAGGAAGGCCAAGAUUGCAUUCCGAGAUGGAGAAGCAUCGAGAGAUGAGCUUCUUGGACUUGAUGAUGGGAGACAAUCAGAAGAUCAGAGAGCAAGACUACUGGAUAACACUGAGAGGUUAGAGCGUUCAGGCAAGAAGCUGGACGCUGGUUACAAGAUGACUGUAGAAACAGAGCAACUUGGACAAGGAAUCCUUGACAAUCUGCAACGAGACCGUGAAAAAAUACAAAGAUCCAGAGCCAGAUUACGAGAUACUGAUGCUGGUGUUGGGCAAAGCUCCAGAGUUUUGAGUGCAAUGAUGCGUAGGAUAAUUCAGAAUCGUAUUUUGAUGGUGUUCCUGGCUUUCAUCUUCCUGGUUGUUAUUGUCCUCGUUAUUUAUUUCAUCGCAACCAAGAAAUAGUUUCCAGAUGGUCUACAGAGAUUACCUCAAAUCCCACCAGAAAACAAUGAACUUGUGCGUCACAUUGUAAUCAAAUAUGCAUAUCUUGGGCAUAUUUGAGAAUUGGACAAGGUAAAGUACCCAGUUUUUGAAUGAUUUGACAGAGAGCAGGAUAUUUGAAGCAUGCCUUGUAGUGCAAUUUACUGCACCCAGGGUCAGUGUGAGUAUUCAUGCACUGUGGAGUUUUCUAUUUCUUUCUAAAACAGAGGCUCCGGUGGUAACCAAACAAGGUUAGUUUUACUGUGAAACAAGUGAUAUCCAUUUAAAGACACUGGACACUAUUGGUAAUUGUCAAAGACUAGUCUUCACAGUUGGUGUAUCUCAACAU